CUGGGAGCCGCAAGGCGAAGCUGGCAGCUUCCCACAUGUGGUCAAAGUGAUGGGUACAUCGAGAACACCCAUCACUUCCGGGGAGUUCACAGUUACCGACAUAUAUGGAUGGGAUGAUAAUGGUGUAGUGUACUACCAGGCGACAGAGGAGGGGCAGCCGUCCCGCCGGCAGGUGUACGCCGUGCGGGAGGGGGCUUCCCCGCGCUGCCUCAGCUGUGACGUUUACAGCACCGAGGGGAACCCCUGUCAGCGAGCCAGCGCCGAUUUCAGCUCCGACUUCACGUGGUCGAUCUUCACGUGUCACGGCCCGGAUCCACCAGUCCUGUCUGUGCGUUACACGGCCCAAUUCGCAGAUAUCAGCAAAGAUGUGGUGUUGAACUUGGACCUGCGGAGGUCGCUGUCCCGCAAGCAGCUGCCUCAACGCUUGGACGACUGGGUGGAAGUGGGCGACGGAAUGCGUGCACAGGUUCGCAUGUGGCUCCCGCCGGGGCUCGACCCAGAGGGCUCCGAGAAGAGGCCCGCCAUCGUCGACGUGUACGCAGGUCCAGGCUCGCAGAACAUAGACGACUCUUACGAGGUGGGCCUGCACAGCUACUUCGCGACGACGCGGCGUUACGUCUACGUGCUCAUCGACGGCCGCGGGUCUGCUUGUAAAGGCGACCGGGUGCUCUUCUCCGUCUACCGCAGGCUGGGCGGCGUGGAGGUCCAGGACCAGAUAGACGUCACAAAGCGGCUAACGGAGAAGUACCGCUUCAUCGACAGCUCGCGUGUCGCCAUCUGGGGCUGGAGCUACGGCGGCUACGUGACGGCCAUGGCUCUGGCGCGCGACCACGAGGGCGUCUUCAGGUGCGGCGCCUCUGUGGCCCCAGUCGCCGACUGGUUGUACUACGAUGCGAAAUAUACGGAGAAAUACAUGGGGCUGCCCACUCCAGAGGACAACAAGGCAGGUUACAGUGCCAGUGACGUCACGAGACUGGCUGACCGCUUCGCCAACAAGAUGUUCCUGCUGAUCCACGGGACGGCGGAUGACAACGUCCUCUACCAGAACUCCAUGAUGCUAGCGCGCGCCCUCGAGGAGGCGGGCGUUCUCUUCAGGCAGCAGACUUACCCAGAUGAAUAUCACUGGAUAAACGGAUUGAGGACUCACUUGUAUCACACUAUUGAUGCCUUCUUCACUGAGUGCUUUGAUGAACAAUCCCCAUCUCCUCUUAUGAAGAUCACUCAACCCCCGUCCCAUCUUGUGAAGACCACUGAGUCCCCAUCUGCUACUGUGAAGACCACUUAUUCCCCAUCUCCUGCUGAGAAGGCCACUGAGUCCCCAUCUCCUACUGAGAAGACCACUCAGUCCCCAUCUCCUACUGACAAGACCACUCAAUCCCCAUCUCCUGCUGAGAAGACCACUCAGUCCCCAUCUCCUGUUGAGAAGACCACUCAGUCCCCAUCUCCUGCUGAGAUGACCACUCAGUCCCCAUCUCCUGUUGAGAAGACCACUCAGUCCCCAUCUCCUGUUGAGAAGACCACUCAGUCCCCAUCUCCUGCUGAGAAGACCACUCAGUCCCCACCUCCUGCUGAGAAGACCACUCAGUCCCCAUCUCCUGCUGAUAAGACCACUCAGUCCCCAUCUCCUGCUGAGAUGACCACUCAGUCCCCAUCUCCUGCUGAGAAGACCACUCAGUCCCCAUCUCCUACUGAGAAGACCACUCAGUCCCCAUCUCCUGCUGUGAAGACCUCUCAAUUCCCAUCUUCUGCUAUGAAGACCUCUCAAUUCCCAUCUUCUGCUGUGAAGACCUCUCAAUUCUCAUCUUCUGCUGUGAAGACCAUUCAAACUCCAUCUAGUGCUGUGAAGACUGCUGGAAGGCUGAUGGGAGUAGUGGUUGCAACAUUGGCCAGCCUGCAUUUUCUGUAAGGGAAAGAGUUCCACUCUUCUAUCUGUGACAUCUGCUUCAUUGGUGAGAGCCACAUGUUGAUAUGUACAACAUUGGUACAUAAUAAUUGGCCAAUUUUACAAAAAAGAAGAAACAUUUGGGUAAGUGGGCAGAAACUGUUCAUUUGGCAUAGUAACUGCCUUUGGUAACACAGUACAUUUUCAAUACAAAAAUGCUUUUACCACUAGUGCAAGUAGUAUGAGCAAUUAAGUUGUACGAGAGAGCUGUAAGUGGUGAAAUAUUAGAAACUCUGUAUAAGUUAGCCUUAGUGAUAAAAAAAGUGGUGGCAGGAUGUAGAACCCCAUGGUUUUGUGUUUUUGCAUGCUUCCAGUGAUCAAGUGUGGGAGAACCCCAUCCAGCAAGGAGUAGGAUCGCAAUAUCUUCACCAGCAGAUGCUGUUUCUUGUGCAGUUUCUGGUGAUGCAAGUACAGCAGAACAAGGUACACCACAUCUGCACUUAUUAUUCUUAAUGUUAAUGUGCUACAAAAUUGCCAAUAACAGCACACAAACUACAGUUUAUACUGAAGCUAGUUGGGGUUGCACACUGAAUUCUAUAGUUUGAAUGUGCUCACCAGUGUUGAAAAUAAUAGGAGGAUGGUGCAGGGUUGCGUCGUUUGAGCGUAACGUAUUUUGCUCGACAUGCUGCUCUUUAGAAACUAUAUGUAAUGUCGGUAGGCAGUUGCUUUUUCCCUUGCUCAUAGCUAUUAUAGUACGUAUUACAAAUGAAGGUGUCUCUGCACCGAGAAAGACAACGAUAGGGAAGUAUCGAGGGGGAGGUUUGCUCACUUGUGGUAGCAGAAAGUGGGCAAACAACUUCCAUGUUGCCAUGUCUUACAAUGUGUUGCUGAUGAAAACAAUAAAUAAAUCUGUAUCGCCACUGAAAUGUGGCUACUUUGUACUCUGUAGGAUAGUAUUUAUCGCCGUACAGCGUUACUUCUGGUGAGAUAUCCAGAGCAGACUAAUGAGUAAGUAUCAUUGAUUCCAGGGAUUAGUAGAGGGGAAGGGCUAAGUAAUGCGCAGAACGAAUAAAUGGGCAGCUUUUCGACGUGCUACGUCCUAUACUUUCCUAUAACUGUCUGGACAUGUUCUAACAGUCUGCCACUAAUCCAACGAACUCUGAACAUUGGUUUCCUUUCCUCUUACGUUUUCUAACGAAAACUAUUCAACAGUUUUCUUCAGACUCGUGAAUGAAGUUCAUAACAGCAACACAAAAUCCUACUGUGUAUCUACAGACACUCUAUCGUUAUGUUUAUGAGCUGCACUUUGUCCCCUGGGCAACUUUUUCCAAUGUCAUAAUAUCUACUUAAAGUAUCGUGUGGGUGAGCUGAGUGGCGCAGUCGUGAGACACUGAUCUCGCAUUUGUGUGGAUGGCAGCUCAAAUCCCAGUCUAGCCACCAAGUUUCAGGUUUCUAUGAUUUCUUUGAAUCGCUUGGGACAACUUAUGGAAAAUAACUCAAGCAAUUCCUUCUAUGCAAAGCCUUCGCUUCAUCUUUUAUGAGUCCAUCGUCAACAUUACGUUACUGAAUAAAUUCACAAAAGAUAAAUAUUGUUACUGAAAUUUCAAAAUUGUAACUGUGUAAAAAAUCAGUACAUAUGACACAAACAAUUUAUUAUUGUGAUUAAACUUUUUCUUGUAUAUGAGUAUUGAUGGGUAGUUAUAGCUACAAUGCAGAAGAUCACUGUAGUAAUACUGCUAUUUCCUUCAAACUGUUGGAUGAAAUAUUUAAGAGUGACCUAUGUAUUUUUAUGGAGUCAUGUUAUCUAGUCAAUGUAUACUAAUUUGUUCAAGUUGUUGUUCUUAAAACUGUUAUUUAUUUUCUCAUCUGCCUUUUUAUUAGAUUCAGUUACAAUAAUAUUCCCAUAAAAUCAAAAUAUACACAUUUUACAGUGGUCAGUGUAAAUAUAGUGUUGUAAAUAAAGUUUGUCAAAAUGUUGAGUUCAUAU